UCGUUGUCAUUUUGUUUUGUCAGUAUUAAAAAAAAAAAUUAUCAGUAUUCUCUGCUGAUCCGUCUCCGUGCUUGGCAGUAGCAGUGGAGUCUGGAUUUCGUCACGCCUCUCUUCUCGAACUGAAGUGGGAGGAAGGUCGUCAGCUUCCACCUAAGUGGAACCACCUUGCCGCCGGCAAUGCUUGCUAUUGCACAGUUGUUGCUUGAUUUCUUUCUCUUUACUUGAAUAUGAUGGACAUAGUUGGGGCAGACUAGUCUCGCAAUUGUGGUUGAACAUGGCUUUGCUUGUUUCACGUAGAUCUUUCGUGGCUUCUGGCAUCCAGUUUUGCCGAAGCUUUUCUUUAUCUUCUGGCAGUAGUAGAGGUUUUGCUCCUCCUCCUAUUGUUUCUUCUCGAAGAGUUGUUGUUACUGGCAUGGGCAUGGUGACUCCACUUGGUUCUGGAGUAGAAACAACAUGGAAUAACCUACUUGAAGGGCAAUGUGGGAUAAGGGCAUUAACUUUAGAAGAUCUGAAGAUGAAUGCUUUCAAUAGAGAAACUCAGUUGAAUACAUUUGAUCAGUUGACAUCAAAAGUUGCGGCAAUUGUGCCAGCUGGAACCAACCCAGGAGAAUUUAAUGAGGAAAUAUGGCUCAAUUCUAAGGAGCAUAGAUCAAUUGCUAGGUUUAUAGCCUAUGCACUAUGUGCUGCUGAUGAAGCUCUUAAAGAUUCCAAUUGGUUUCCCACUGAACAGGAGCAAAAGGAAAGAACGGGCGCUUCUAUUGGUGGAGGAAUUGGAAGCAUCAGUGACAUCUUGGAUGCUGCACAGAUGAUUUGUGAGAAGCGCAUUCGUCGGCUUAGUCCAUUUUUUAUUCCACGGAUACUGAUCAACAUGGCAUCAGGUCAUGUGAGCAUGAAAUAUGGGCUCCAGGGUCCAAAUCAUGCAUCAGUUACUGCAUGUGCUACUGGAGCACAUUCCAUUGGUGAUGCAUUGCGGAUGAUUCAAUUUGGGGAUGCAGAUAUUAUGGUGGCCGGAGGCACAGAGGCCAGCAUUGAUGCUUUAUCAAUAACAGGAUUUUGCAGAUCUCGGGCUUUGACUACAAAGUAUAACACAGUCCCACAAGAAGCUUCACGACCCUUUGAUAGUGGCCGAGAUGGUUUUGUGAUAGGCGAAGGCGCUGGUGUCUUGAUCUUGGAGGAAUUUGAGCAUGCAAAAAGCCGAGGAGCAAAAAUUUAUGCAGAGGUUCGUGGCUAUGGGAUGUCAGGUGAUGCAUAUCAUAUUACUCAACCACCUACUGAUGGGAGAGGUGCCAUUUUGGCCAUGACACGUGCUUUGAAACAGUCAGGUCUUCAUUCCUCCGAAGUGGAUUACAUAAAUGCACAUGCCACAUCUACGCUUCUGGGGGACGCAAUAGAGGCAAAUGCUAUUAAAACCAUGUUCUCUGAUCAUGCAACCUCGGGUGCUUUGGCCUUCUCAUCAACAAAGGGUGCUAUUGGUCAUCUGCUCGGUGCCGCUGGAGCUGUUGAAGCAAUUUUUUCAGUUUUGGCUGUACACCAUGGAAUUGCUCCGUUAACUCUUAAUCUAACGAAGCCAGAUCCUGUGUUCAAUGAUAAUUUCAUGCCUUUGGCCUCUUCAAAGGAGAUGCCAAUAAGAGUAGCAAUGUCAAAUUCUUUUGGUUUUGGAGGAACAAAUGCAUCGCUACUGUUUGCUUCUGUUGAAGAAGACAACUGAUUCUUUGUAGCAUCUCAAUCCAUUGGCUCCGUUCUGCAGCAGCUAUUUCCUUCAUCAUUUUAGCCGCUGUUGACAGACAGAUCAAACGGCCUCUUGGUUUAUCUUGAUUAGCAUUCCCCCAAACUGUGUUCCGAUUUCAUUCAAAUGCUUCUAUGUUAUAGCUUUCUUUCUUCCAUUUUUUUGAUACAGAUGCUUCGUUUUAUGAAGCCGAUUUGCAUGGGGCUUGAUUUGAGAAUAUAAUCUUGGAUUUGUUUAGAAAAUGGUUAUCAAUGUCAUAGGUUACUGUAUCUUUUCCAUGGCAUGGAAAUCCGAAUCGACCUGUAAAUUAUUAAACCAAUGUGUUAACUAGGUUAAUAAAAUGUUUUGUCUAUUACUUGUUU